GCAUCCAACGGAGUGGAAGCAGCAUGAAGGAAGAGCCGCUGGGCAGCGGCAUGAACGCGGUGCGGACGUGGAUGCAGGGCGCCGGGGUGCUGGACGCCAACACGGCGGCGCAGAGACCACCAGCUGGGCUUGGGGGAGUAGGAGAUCUGACGGCCCCUAGCCCUAUCGGACUCCGAGAGGGCGGAAGGGGAAAAAGGAAGAUGACUAAUUACCUCAUCCUCAUCUUCUCCGGGCAGGGGACAAGUGCCUGCAACCCUGUUCCCAUCCCCGCUGAGUACAAGGAUGGGGGUGGUUAGUAGUGAGAGUGAAUUGGGUAACUGGGUUGGGAAGCGAAAGAGUGUGUGUAUGUGUGCGUGUGCGUGUGUGUGAGCGCGCCCUUGUGUUGGGCAGGUCGGGUUGUUAGUGGCCUCCCGGCGCCCCUGGCACCCGAGCCUCCAGUUCCCCCGCGGGCGCGCUCAGUCGGCGCCCCUGGUCCAUAGGAUUUCUGGAAUUGAGUGUGAGGAUUUCUGUGGAGCAGCGAAACUUUGUCAGGACUGGUCUUUUAAAAACACCCCCAGUUCCCUGUUCCACAGCGACCACCCCUGACAGCUCUGAGUCCCCCACCCUCAGAUCCUUUUUUUCACUUGCUUUAUUUGGGGAGGGGGCAUGCGGUUUCCCGAGACCUAGCGUCCGCGCUUGGCGGGGGCACUUGAGGUUUCCUGGAGGAUGGCUUCGGCUUCAAGAAGCUGAGCCUGUUCCCCAUCCAUCCUCACCUGCCCUCUAAGCUGAGGUGGGAGAUUCGUGGGGGUGGCGGGGACCAGUUCCCAUGCUCCCCUCCCUCCCAAGUUAUAAACGACCAGCUGUAUUCCGCGAACGCGGGUUCACCGCAUCCACCUCCACUUUUCUUCCUUCCCACGCAGCGCGUGUCGGGUCGGAGUAAAUGCUUGCGGGGUUUUAUCUCCUGCGCAAAACCCAAACAAAACUUCCCGGGCUCUUCCGCGAGUUCGGGGGGCGCGCCCUGUGCUCAGCGGGAGGAUUGGACACGCGAGAGCACGCAUGUCCCGCCGCCGGGUGGGCCCGGGGCGCCGGAGGGGGAGUGUAGGGCGCCCACUGGGUGUCCUGGGGGGGUAGAGGAGGUUGAUGUUUGAGGGUUCUCGCGUGUGUAAGGGGUGACAAAGGGUCGCGCGUCGGUGUCCCGCUUAGCCGUCUAACUCUGCGUCUUUGGCCACAGCGGGGUGGGUCUGGCCCGGGCUCACUUUGAGAAGCAGCCGCCUUCCAAUCUGCGGAAAUCCAACUUCUUCCACUUCGUCCUGGCCCUCUACGACAGACAGGGCCAGCCCGUGGAGAUCGAGAGGACAGCCUUUGUGGGGUUCGUGGAGAAGGAAAAAGAAGCCAACAGCGAAAAGACCAAUAACGGGAUUCACUACCGGCUUCAGCUCCUCUACAGCAAUGGGAUAAGGACGGAGCAAGAUUUCUACGUGCGCCUCAUUGACUCCAUGACAAAACAAGCCAUAGUGUAUGAAGGCCAAGACAAGAACCCAGAAAUGUGCCGAGUCUUGCUCACACACGAGAUCAUGUGCAGCCGCUGUUGUGACAAGAAGAGCUGUGGCAACCGAAAUGAGACUCCCUCAGAUCCAGUGAUAAUUGACAGGUUCUUCUUGAAAUUUUUCCUCAAAUGUAACCAAAAUUGCCUAAAGAAUGCAGGAAACCCACGUGACAUGCGGAGAUUCCAGGUCGUGGUGUCUACGACAGUCAAUGUGGAUGGCCAUGUCCUGGCAGUCUCUGAUAAUAUGUUUGUCCAUAAUAACUCUAAGCAUGGGCGGAGGGCUCGGAGGCUUGACCCCUCGGAAGGUACGCCCUCUUAUCUGGAACAUGCAGCUACUCCCUGUAUCAAAGCCAUCAGCCCGAGUGAAGGAUGGACGACGGGAGGUGCGACUGUGAUCAUCAUAGGGGACAAUUUCUUUGAUGGGUUACAGGUCAUAUUCGGUACCAUGCUGGUCUGGAGUGAGCUGAUUACUCCUCAUGCCAUCCGCGUGCAGACCCCUCCUCGGCACAUCCCUGGUGUUGUAGAAGUCACAUUGUCCUACAAAUCGAAACAGUUCUGCAAAGGGACACCGGGAAGAUUCAUUUACACAGCGCUCAACGAACCCACCAUCGAUUAUGGUUUUCAGAGGUUACAGAAGGUCAUUCCUCGGCACCCUGGCGACCCUGAGCGUUUGCCAAAGGAAGUCAUCCUCAAAAGGGCCGCGGAUCUGGUGGAGGCGCUGUAUGGGAUGCCACACAACAACCAGGAAAUUAUUCUGAAGAGAGCAGCGGACAUUGCAGAGGCCCUGUACAGCGUCCCCCGCAACCACAGCCAGCUCCCCGCCCUCACUAACACCUCCGUCCACGCGGGCAUGAUGGGCGUGAACUCCUUCAGUGGACAGCUGGCUGUGAACGUCUCCGAGGCGUCGCAGGCCACCAAUCAGGGUUUCACCCGCAACUCAAGUAGCGUGUCACCACACGGGUACGUGCCGAGCACCACCCCGCAGCAGACCAACUAUAACUCCGUCAGCACAAGCAUGAACGGAUACGGCACGGCCGCCAUGUCCAAUUUGGGCGGCUCCCCAACUUUCCUCAACGGCUCAGCUGCCAACUCGCCCUAUGCCAUCGUGCCAUCCAGCCCCACCAUGGCCUCCUCCACAAGCCUCCCCUCCAACUGCAGCAGCUCCUCGGGCAUCUUCUCCUUCUCACCAGCCAACAUGGUCUCAGCCGUGAAGCAGAAGAGUGCUUUUGCGCCAGUUGUCAGACCCCAGACCUCCCCGCCUCCCACCUGCACCAGCACCAAUGGGAACAGCCUGCAAGCGAUAUCUGGCAUGAUUGUUCCUCCCAUGUGAAAGAAUUGCCUUGAAGAAUUUUAUUAAUGAAGAGGUUGGAUUCUGCUACAGAGAGUAAUCUGAUACAAGUCCCCGAGUGGAACUUUUAACUCAGGCCUUUUUAAGAGGAAUCACGAUAACUGCAGAUUUUUAAACAAACAAUAUCACCGACCUUGCAAAUACUGAAAUUGGAAGGGAUCUGCAAGUGCAGAGUGUUGGUUAAAAGUUGUACCUCCCAAGUAUUUGGGGGAUAUAUUUAUUCUGUGUUGAUAAAAGCAAAUCCACUUUUUCUUUUUCUUUCUUUUUUUUUUUAAGCUUAACUCUGCAAUCAUUUGUCUUUUAUAAACCGUAAAGCUGUAUACAAGGGACACUAUAAAUAAGACGCCAUGUUUUAAUUUAUGAUGUUUUUAAAGCUGUGUAAAGGGAGAAUGAAGUGGUGAUAUUUACAAAAAAGU